AUGGCACUAGGGAAAGAUGCUGUGGAACAGCUGCGGCAGGAGCUCGAAGGCGGGUAUAAUCUCAACGCCAGCCUCCUGGAAUUGCUCAGACGCCCCCUCGAUUGGCGUGGCCAGAAGGUGGCUGUGGAGAUGAUCCAAGGGCUCUCUCAGGUGCUGAAGGUGUCUCUGUUCAUGCUGAAUCCUGGCGACAGCAGUACAGCAGGGGAAGUGAGGACGGCGCCAUGCCCCAAGGCAACGACGCACGGUGGCACCGGCAAGCACACUCCAGCCAAAGAUAAACGCAUCAGUGGAGAACAAGUCACCCCUGCUCCCCUCACAAAGAGUAGAGGACAGAAGGUUACGAGAGAGGAGAUUACAUCCUCGCCUUACAAGGAUGGUUCCCAAUGGAGAAAAUAUGGACAAAAGAACAUUCGGAACAGAAUAUUUGCAAGGUACUACUACAAAUGCAUGUAUAGCCAUGAGCGCGGCUGCAGGGCUAAGAAGCAAGUGCAGCAGCAGGACAACAGCAGCGACCACCGCCCAAUGUUUCUCAUCACCUACGUGAACGAACACACGUGCCAACAACUGCAUCCUACAGAAAAUAUCAGCACGACGAACACCACGGCAAGGAACGACCACUUUGAUCCUCCACAACACGUCGGUACCAGCACCGAACUGGAAAACAAAAUCAUGGCCAAGUGCCUUGCCAACGUAGUCAUUGGCAGAGCUGCGGCUCCGUCGUCAUGGUCGUCGCCAGCUUCCUCCAUGCUGCCGCCGCCACCGGUGGAAGAGAAUAUGGGCGAGAUGAUGGAGAUCUAUAGCUAUUUCUUGUGUGGCCCUCCGUUUCCGCCAGCGUCAGCGUGGGCGUGA